AUGUCAGCAGCAACAGAAGCAACCAACGCAACCAUAGAUACAACCACAGAAGAAGAAGAAAAGAAGGUGAUAAAGACAUUAGAAGAAGAUGAUGAAUUUGAAGAUUUCCCAGAAGAUUCUCAAUGGAAUGAAACUAAUAAAAUAAAUCAACAAGAUACUUUAUGGGAAGAAGAUUGGGAUGAUGAUGAUAAUCAAGAUAAAUUCUCCCAGAAGUUAAGAGAAGAAUUAAAGAAGUCUCAGAAACAGGUUUAG